AUGUGCGACGAGGAAGUUGCCGCGCUGGUAGUGGACAAUGGUUCCGGUAUGUGCAAGGCCGGAUUCGCGGGAGACGACGCGCCUCGCGCCGUCUUCCCCUCGAUCGUGGGCCGCCCGCGCCACCAGGGCGUGAUGGUCGGCAUGGGGCAGAAGGACUCCUAUGUAGGAGACGAGGCACAGAGCAAGAGAGGUAUCCUCACCCUCAAGUACCCCAUCGAGCACGGCAUCGUCACCAACUGGGACGAUAUGGAGAAGAUCUGGCACCACACCUUCUACAACGAGCUGCGUGUGGCGCCCGAGGAGCACCCCGUGCUGCUCACCGAAGCCCCCCUCAACCCUAAGGCCAACAGAGAAAAGAUGACACAGAUCAUGUUCGAAACCUUCAACACACCCGCCAUGUACGUCGCCAUCCAGGCCGUACUAUCGCUGUACGCCUCUGGUCGUACCACCGGUAUCGUACUCGACUCCGGUGACGGUGUCUCCCACACCGUGCCCAUCUACGAGGGAUACGCGCUCCCUCACGCCAUCCUGCGUCUGGACUUGGCCGGUCGUGACCUCACCGACUACCUCAUGAAGAUCCUCACAGAGCGCGGCUACUCAUUCACCACCACUGCCGAGCGUGAAAUCGUACGCGAUAUCAAGGAAAAGCUCUGCUACGUCGCGCUCGACUUCGAGCAGGAAAUGGCCACCGCCGCCUCCAGCAGCUCCCUCGAGAAGUCCUAUGAACUUCCUGACGGACAAGUCAUCACCAUUGGAAACGAGCGAUUCCGUUGCCCUGAGGCUCUCUUCCAACCCUCAUUCUUGGGUAUGGAAGCUUGCGGCAUCCACGAGACCACAUACAACUCGAUCAUGAAGUGCGAUGUCGACAUCCGUAAGGACUUGUACGCCAACACAGUUCUGUCCGGAGGUACCACCAUGUACCCCGGCAUCGCUGACCGCAUGCAGAAGGAGAUCACCGCCCUCGCGCCCUCAACGAUGAAGAUCAAGAUCAUCGCUCCCCCAGAGAGGAAAUACUCCGUAUGGAUCGGAGGUUCCAUCCUCGCGUCUCUAUCGACCUUCCAGCAAAUGUGGAUCUCGAAGCAGGAGUACGACGAGUCUGGACCCUCGAUCGUGCACAGGAAGUGCUUC